AUGACCUGUCUGGUUAAAGCUGUGGAUGGCAAGGAGGAUUCUGUUCAAAUACCAGCUGAACGGCCAAAGACCGCCAGUGUGAAGGUGGUGUCUCCACACGUUGAGCUGAUUGACACCUCCCUGCCUUUUUCUCUGUUCUGUAACCGAGCCCCGGACCACGGCAAGGACAUCGAGCAAGUCAGCACUAGAACCAAAUACGCCUUAGAGCUGUGGUUAAAAACAGUGGAGCCUCAUGCUGAGAUGGGUUACCUGCUCAUCUCUCGGAAUGCUUCUGUUUAUGUACGCGACCAUUUAUGCCAAAGGACACAACAUCCCCUGCUGGACUGA